GGAAUCAUCCAGCCCAUCAUCCAUUUCCAUUUUGUGAGGUAUGAACGUGCAAAUACUAUUUACAAUUGGAAAGUAGGGUACAUUUUUUAGGUACAAUAAUCCGCCUUUAGGGCACACUCGGGUCACAUUUUUCUGCUUUUCUCGGCAAUUAUAUGGACUAGAAAUUUGCUCUGUUUUUAUUUUUUAUAUGAAAGACAAGCUUCACUGCUGGAAAACAUCAUUAACACAGAGGGCAGGUUGACCAUCAGUGCCUUGUACUCUCCCAGAACGUGAAAGGAACCCAUAUUUUAACCUCUGAAAACUGGGAAAUAAAGAGUUAAGGAAGCGUCUCCCACCAGUUCCUAUGCUAUACUUCCCUCUCAUGCUAGCAUCAGGAGCAUGGACUCAUGUGCUGGGCUCCAUCCAUCCCCAGCUGGUGGAAGGUCCCUUGCGGGGAAACCAUGCUAAGGCCAGUACUGAACCAGGCAGAGAAUCAGGACUGCAACGGCAGUCAAAAAAGCAAACAGAAUGUUGGGAAUCAUUAGGAAAGGGAUAGAUAAUAAGACAGAAAAUAUCAUAUUGCUUGUAUAUAAAUCCCUGGCCCGCCCACAUCUUGAAUACUGCGUGCAGAUGUGGUUGUCCCAUCUCAGAAAAAGAUAUAUUAGAAAAGGUUCAGAAAAGGGCAACAAAAAUGAUGAGGGGUAUGGAACUGCUGCCAUAUAAGGAGAGAUUAAUGAGAUUGGGACUUUUCAGCUUGGAAAAGAGACGACUAAGGGGGCCUAUGAUAGAGGCCUAUAAAAUCAUGACGAGUUUGGAGAAAGUAAAUAAAGAAGUGUGAUUUAUUUCUUCUCAUAACAUAAAAACUAGGGGUCACCAAAUGAAAUUUCAGAGUAGCAGCCAUGUUAGUCUGUAUCUGCAAAAAGAAAAGGAGUACUUUUGGCACCUUAGAGACUAACACAUUUAUUUGAGCAUAAGCUACAGCUCACUUUGAGCUGUAGAUCAAGAAAGCUUAUGCUCAAAUAAAUGUGUUAGUCUCUAAGGUGCCACAAGUACUCUUUUUCUUUUUUUAAAUGAAAUUAAUAGGUGACAGGUUUAAAACAAAAAAAAGGAAGUAUUUCUUCACACAACGCACAGUCAACCUGUGGAACUCCUUGCCAGAGGAUGUUGUGAAGGCCAAGACAAUAACAGGGUUCAAAAAAGAACUAGAUAAAUUCAUGAAGGAUAGGUCAAUGAAUGGCUGUUAGCCAAGAUAGGCAGGGAUUGUAUCCCUAGCCUCUGUUUGCCAGAAGCUGGGAAUGGGCAACAGGGGCUGGAUCACUAUAUGAUCGCCUAUUCUGUUCAUUCCCUCUGAAGCACCUGGCAUUGGCCACUGUCGGAAGACAGGACACUAAUAGCUAUUGAUGGAUAAAUUCAUGGAAGGUAGGUCCAUCAGUUCAAGGCGUAUUGUCUCUCCCUGAAGGUUGGUGCUCCUUGUGGUACUGGGAACUGUCCCUUUAAGUAGUUUGGCUUCCCGGACAGGAAGGAGGAGCAUAGCAGAUGCUUUGUGAUACAGAACCCUGGAUAAAGAGGGUUUCAGUCAAACAUCAUGCUCCCAGCAGGAUUACUGGACACCACACUUGCAACCGUGUUGUGUCCCCAUCCUUGUCCCAUGAGCACCACUGGAGGCUGGGGAAGGGGUUCUCUUCUGAUCUCAUAGUUACCUAUCUGGUCCCCUACAACAGCAUCUGAAUACGUGGCAUCUUUUAUGCCCAUUUGACAAAAAGAGAAGCUGGAAUGCAGAGAGAGGAAGGGACAUGCCUGAGGUCACACAGCAUGUCAGUAGCAGAGUGAGGAAUAGAGCCCAGGAGUCCUGGCGUCUAACCUCUAGACCAUGCAUCCUCCCCAAAAUGAGUGUAGUGCAUUGGAUGACUGUUACACCUCCCUCUGGUAUGGACAUUUAGUGCCACCGAGAAGUGUAAUUCCCAGUGCACCAGAGAGCCCAGUGUCUCCCCAGCAGGGCUGCUCGCUACUGUCUCCUGGUCCAAGUGGGUGGAGGGGUUCUUACCCCAUGUGUUGUACUCUUGGGCUGGGGACUUUCCAUCAGGAGAUGAGGGAGGAAUAGGGCAGCAUGGAAAUGCAUGAAAAGCUGAAGCUGGUGUCCCUGUUAACGUCUUCUGCCUGGUGUCUGCUGCUUCCCCUGUUCUGUUCUAUUGCUGGAUGUGGAGCACCCCCAGCAAGGGAGAGGGAUCGGGGGAGGAGACCAAGAUCCCCUCUGCCACAGAUCCACAGGAUUCGUGCUACAAUCUCUGGGAGGAGCUCCUUCGAUGGGCCAGACCACCAACAUCAGCCCCCUCUUCCUCCAGGUGCAGGCCACUCCGGAUCCAGACCUGGGAAUUUCCUGUUCCGUCGUGUCCAUAGAUGAGAGUGUGAUACAGAAAUACCAAGACACGGGAUAUUUAGUGACACAGAACCGGUUUUACCCUGCUGCCUGUGUGCUGGGCUAUGAAGGCUUCACCUCAGGGAGAUGUUACUGGCAAGUGAAGGUGGGGAACAAAAAUGAGUGGGUUUUGGGCGUUGCCAAAGAGUCUGUGAUACAUGAGGGAGCGAUAAGCUGUACGCCAGAGGAGGGGAUCUGGGCUUUGCAGAGUACAGGGAAUAAGUAUUGGGCCCUCACCUCCCCUAAGACUGCUCUGGCCCUACCUCAUAGCCCCAGUAACAUUGGGGUUUAUCUGGAUUAUGAAAGGGAGAAAGUUACAUUUUAUGACAUUACAUCUUCUGGCAGAGAGCUGAUCUUUACUUUCACAUCCUCUUUCACUGGGAAGAUCAUCCCCUUCUUUGGGAGCCGGCGUGUAGAAUUUCUGAGUUCACUGGUAAGCAUGCAAUUAGGUGGUCACUGGUCAGCAUAUCGUUAAGACCUGUGACAGAGGAGCAGGGAUCACUCAAUACGAGAUAUCUAAAGUAGAGCAAAGACAUAGGUUAUAUAUAAAUUACAGCUAUCACACUUUGCCAUUCUAAUCACAGUCUUGCGAGCUUCAAGCAUUCAAAAACUGUGUCAGGCCCCCCAACCUCAUGAGAUUGGUUUAAACAUAUUUUUAAAUAUUGUGUUAUUUUUCUUUGUCUUCUGGUUUCCCAGCUUUCCCUGUUUCCAGUUUUCAAUCUUUGCUACACAAACAUGAAGGCUGGAAAUGUAUCUGUAGUAUAAUCUGAGAUUGCCUUGCAAUCUAUCUACUCCAGCUGCUGGGGCUUUAAGAAAAACACUGAGUGCUGCGAGACUCACAAUAAAAUGGUGAGAGAGGACAAGACUGACUUGCUUAGCAUUAUACUUGUGAAUGGAGUUUCUCGACCCUCUAACAUGCCUGUCUCUGUAACUCUGUGAUCCUCCAGACACACCCGAACUGGCCAACCAGUAGGCACUCCCAAGGUCACAGCAGAGCCUGCCUGUCUUAGGGCAGGUCUACACUUACAAUGCUGUGCUGCUGUAAUGCUUAAGUGAAGACACUCCUAUGCUGACAGGAGAGGUUCUCCCAUCAGUAUAGUUAAUCCACCUCUGAGAGAGGCGGUAGCUGUGUCCAGGGGAGAAGCUCUCCCAUCAACGUACCGCUGUCUACACCAGGAGUUCAGUCGGUACGACUGCGUUCACUGAGGGGUGUGGAUUUUUAUAGCCCUGAGUGAUAUAGUUCUACCAAUGGAAGUUUAUAGUGUAGACCUGGCCUAAGUUCUGACUCACUUCGGGUCAUCCAUCAAAGUCCUCUGCUCUUUACUUAUGAACAUGGAAAUCAUAGUGGUGUUCCCCUCUCCCUCCAAUUCCCUAGCUCAAUGCUCCUAUUUUGCUAUGUUCAGUUAUUUGGAUGCUGUAGAUUCAGAUGCGUAAAUUCACAGAAUAAAGUUUAUUUCUAUCUUC